GAUAAACUGUGUACGAGGAGAGAGUCGUGUGUAUGUGUGUGUGUGUGUGUGUGUGAAAGAGAGAGUGUCAGGCUGGCUGUGGCGGAGGUAGUGGUGGUGGUAGUGGCGCCAGUCUGCAGGGUGGUGGUCUCGGUGCGUGUACCAUCUCGGCUCUCCUCACUCCCUCGCUACCAUAGACUCAUACGCACGCCCAUACGCACUUCCUGGCUGGUUAUAUAUGGCGUUGAGUGUUUAAAUACGCGGUUAUGGAGUCACGUGUGUGUUUGUGACGCGUAAUCGCACUCAGUUACGUGUAAAUUCAUUGAAAUACGCACUCAAAUGCAUUCAAACACUUAUAUUCACUAAAAUUACUUACAUGUUCACUCAUAUUCGCUUUCAAAUGCAUUCAGAUAUAUACAUACAAUACUUCACUCACUCGCGCACUCAAGAACUCACUCACACACACACACACACACACACACACACACACACGCGUUAACAAUAUCCGACAAAAGAGAUUAAUACGUUAGAAGAAGAAAAAGAAGAAGAAGAAGAAGAAGAAGAAGAAGAAGAAUUACUACAUCAACGAGUGUCAAAGAUAGUGAUUAUAGAAAAGAACAAGAAUGAAAGUGAAAUACGAGGAAAAAAAAAAGAAAAGGAAAAAUAGGUUGUAAGAUAAGAGGAAAGAAAACGAAUGGUUGUGUUCUUUAAUGAUAAAUGCUUGAAGAAAAAUAAAGAAGGAAAGGGAAAAGAGAAGAGAAGAGCGAAUUUGUGAUAAAACUUGAAGGAAAUAAAAUAUAAAGUGAUAAUAAGAAAAAAAAGAAGGAAAAAAAUAUAGAGAGACAAGAACAGGAAAAAAAAGUGUUUAGAAGAUAACAUAGAGGAAAACAAAAAAGAGAAGAAAAGAAGACGACGAAGACGAAGAAGAGAAAACUUACGAUAAAAUUUGAAAGACAAAGAAAAGAAGGAAAAAAGAAAAGAACAGACAAAAAAAAAAGAAAAAAAAAACUAGUGACAAUAACUGAAGAGUGAAAAACAAAACAAAACUAAACAAAACGAAACGAAACAAAAUAAAACAAAACAAAGAUAAUAAUAAUAAUAAUAAAAAAAAAAAAAACUAACACACUAGCCUGCUCGACAUUACAAAGGAGAAAUGAAUUACACUUGAAACAUAAUGCUUUAAAAUUACUGUUGUUUUGUGUCAUUUGGCCAAAGACUUAAUACAGAGAACCAUUACUUGUCUUACGAGGAAUUGAAACAAAAAGAGAAGGAAAUGUAAGAGAGGAAGAAAUAUAAAUGGAAAAGUGAGUAAAUGCAUUAUACAGACAUUAAUAAAAGAAGAAAUAGAUAAAAUGAAGGAAAAAGAAAGAGAGAGACAGAGAGAGAUGUAGGAAGACGAGGAAUUGAAGAAAAGAUGAAUUAAAAUAUUAGAACGGAUAGAGAGAGAGAGAGAGAGAGAGAGAGAGAGAGAGAGAGAGAGAGAGAGAGAGAGAGAGAGAGAGAGAGAGAGAGAGAGAGAGAGAGAGAGAGAGAGAGAGAGAGAGAGAACAAGUAAAUUAUAGAAACAUUAAAAGAAAAUGGAAAAUAAGUAAAUCGAAGGAAAAGAAAGAAAUAGAUGAGGAAUUCAAGAAGAGAAAAUUAACUGAAAAUGACAAAACACUUAAAUGGAAGAGAGAGAGAGUGAGUGAGCAAAUAAAUGAUGCAAAUAUUGAUAAAAAGCAGAUGGAAAAGAAAGAGUAAGGUAAGAAGAAUAGGAAUGAAAGAAGAGAAGAUUAAUUGAAAUAUGAGAAUGUAUGUAAAUAAAAGAGAGAGAGAGAGAGAGAGAAAGAGAGUGAGUACAGAGGAAACAAAUCAUGCAAACAUUAAUGAAAACAAACAGAAAGGAAAGUGUACGACAAAAAAAAAAAAAAAUGAGGAAAUGAUAAUUGAAGAAGAGAUAAGUAAUUGAAAGAUGAGAAGUACAAAUAAAAAAAAAAGGUGAAUGAUUAAGUGUAUAGCAAAUGGUUAUUAUACAAACGUUAGUGAUAAAUAAAGAUAGAAAAGAAUAAGACAAGAAAAGAUAAGAGAUAUAGAACAGAUGAAUUAGUGAAUGGAUAUCAAUUAAUUUUACAAACUUUAUAAAAAAAAUGUAGGUGAGAUAAGAAAAAUUACAGAAAAAGCUAAUUGAGAAAAAAAAAUAAAAUAAUGAUAAAAUAACAUAAAAGUAACUGUGGGAUAAGAAAAAAAAACAAUAAGAAAAGGUGUGUUUAGAAAAUAUGUGGAAAUUCAAUAUAAAAUAACAAGAAUAUAAUAAAAAGAGUAAGUUUUUGUUAUGUUACGUAUGUUAUGAAUGUUAUGAAUGACUCAGUGAGCAGCCAAUCAGAGGCAAGGCACGUGAAGCUCUCCUCUGUAAUUGGUGCAUUUUGAAAUUUGAUACAAUGAUGAACAAGUGACGGAAUAAAAACAGAAAGAAAGAGAAAAGUGAACAUUAACGAACAGAGACUUACAAAAUAAGGAUGAAAGGAGAUGAAAUAAGAAGAAAUGUGAGGAAUGUAUGAGGGAAAAGUGAAUAUUUGUUAGUAUUUAUGCGUGGCAACUUAAAAAAAAGGAUAUUGGUGAAAAGUGACUUAAAACUUAGGAAAUUCUGGUGAAAAUUAACGAAAAAUGAAGUUUGUAUAAGGACAAGAGUGUUUAUGUUGCAAGAAACAAGAUAAUGUAUAGUAAGAAAUGAAUGAUGUAAACUGAAGAAUUAUGCACUUGAAAUGAACGCUUAAACGAAAGAGAACUUAAUAUUACGCAGAACUUGAGAAAACUUAACGUGGGAACUUGAGAAAAAAACAGUAUCACGCAAAAUUUGAGAAAAUAAUAUGUAAACUUGAAAAAAAAAAUCAGGAAACUUGAAAAAAAUAUAAUGAAUAUGGAAAACUUGAAAAAAAGAAGAGUUUUAGGCAAAAUAUGAAAAAAAAUAAUAUGUAAACUUUAAAAAAAGAAAAGAAAACCACGAAACUUAGAAACAAAAUCUUACGAAACAAAAUUUGAAUGAGAGAGGAAAAAAAAAGAACUUCGUGAUAUGCAAAAAACUGAACAAAACUUAAUUAUACACAAACCAUAAAAAAAAAAUAAAUAAAAUUAAUGUAUAUGUUAACUAUAAGUAUAACAAAUAAAAAAAAAUAUAUACAUGUUAACUAUAGGUAUGAAAAAUGACACGAAGAGGAGAACGAGCACUCAGCUGACCACGUGACCCCACCUUGGCACCAUGAGGGUCAGCGCCACCCAGCAAUGCCUGGUCUUGGUCCUGCUGGUGCUGUGCGGCCCCUCCAGGCAGCAGGGAGAAUGCGGUAUAAGCAAAUUCUACACACACCGCCAGCCACGCCCACACCACGCCGCGCACGCCCUUCCAGCACCCCCGCGCGGCUACAGGGGGCGCGGCACUUACGUAGAAGGCGCAGGAGGAGACCAGGGUACACGUCAGCACAGGCCCAACAAUAGAAUGAUGGUGUUUGGAGAUCGGUCAGAAGGAAGGAUUGUGGGAGGGAAGGAGAGCGAGCCUGGAGCGUGGCCGUGGCAGGUGUCCCUUCAGCUGAUCCACCCACGCUGGGGCCGCAUCGGGCACUGGUGUGGAGGCGUGCUGCUCAGUCAGAGAUGGGUGGUAACUGCUGCUCACUGCAUUAAUAACAAGGCCUUCUCGUUCACGCGGAUGGCAGCAGUGUGGCAGGUGGUGCUUGGGGACCAUGACAGGGGCGCCACGGGGCCGGCCGAGGAGGUGCGGGGCGUCCACUCCCUCAUCACCCACGCCAGCUUCAAGGAUUACCAGCAUGAUAUAGCCCUUCUGCGCCUUCGGGAGGAGGUCACGUACACAGACUACAUCCAGCCCAUCUGCCUACCUGACGCGCCGCCCUUGGACGUGGAGACCUUCCUGGGGAUCAAGUGCGUGGCCACGGGCUGGGGGAUGAGGGUGCACGGCGGGCCCUUAGAGACGCGCCUGACGGAGGUGGUGGUGCCCGUGGUGAACAACAGCCACUGCGUCAAGAUGUACGGCAUGCUGCAGAACAUCCCAGUGCACGGGUACCACUUGUGUGCGGGCCAGGUGGAUGGGCACGGCAAGGGAACGUGUGUGGGUGACUCUGGCGGGCCCCUCCAGUGCAACAUGCGGGACGGGCGGUGGUAUCUGGCGGGCAUCACCUCCUUCGGUUCAGGGUGCGCUAAGCCGGGCUAUCCUGAUGUGUACACACGCAUCACCCACUACCUCCCCUGGCUCAAGCAGCAGAUGACGGUGAACAGAUGAUGACGGUGGUGGCUGUAGUGAUGUAAUGGUGGUGAUAGUGUGUGUGUGUGGUGAUGUUAAGUGUGUUUUCGUUGUUUUAGUGAGUAAGUGUGUUGCUAAUAAGUGUUUGUAAUUUCAGUGUGUUUGUGGUGAUUAAUAAUGAUAGUGGUGGUGAUUAUAGUGAUGUGUGUGUGUGUGUGUGUGUGUUUGUUUUAGUGUUUAAGUGUUUGUGUGAUGCUUGUAGUGAAAAUAAUGGUGACGAUGUGUGUAUGUACGUGUGAUUAUGUAUUGUUUAGCAUGGUGAAUUCAUAGUGAAGAUAGUAUAGUCAAUGUGUUUAUGAGUGUUUGUGUGCUUAGUAAGUUUCGUCUAAUUUUCGAGUUCAAUACUGUUCGUUUCAUCUCAAGCUUCGUCUGUGUUGUGAAGCCGCGAGACAGACACACGAAGACAAAGAAAACGUUCCUGGUGCAUGGUAAACUUAAAAAGAAAAUAAAUAAAAAAAUAACCUCUCUCCCCACCCCCUCUAGACCUAAACAAUCACUAGAAUCACAAAAAAAGACAUCCUUGAAUACUCCUUUAAACUUCCACUGCAGCGAAGCGUUUAAGAAUACAAUGCACUGUUCCCAUCAUGCUCUUGCUGAAGGGAGACCAAAUUAUUCUCGGUACUCACUACAAACUUACCAACAUGAGGGGCGCUGGUGACUGCUGAGUGACAGAGUGUGGGGUGUGUCUAGGGACGAGAGGAUGACUUGGUUGUGUUGUACGUGAGAAACAGUGAGAAGUCUGGAGGAGUGAGUGAAUCUGAUUGGCCAUUUUUGUGUUAGACUGGCCAAGGGGAAGUGAUAGAAUAGAUAAAUAAAAUAUGGUGCCCUCGUGAUGUCUUACGAAGGAGAAAGGAAAGGGAAAAGGGAAGGAGUAGAAAUUAAAAGAAAAGUGAUAUAUUUUUUUGCUUUGAUGCUUUGAAGAAAAGGAAAACGGAUGGAAGGAAAAACGUGGUGUACUCAAAGAAAAGAUAAAAGAUAAGGAAUUUUCGAAAAGACAAAGAAAGGAGUAGAAAUUCAGAGAAACGGUGAUUUAUUUUCCUGUCUUGAUGCUCUGGGGAAAAAAGAAAACUGAAGGACAGAGAAACGUAAUGUACUGAAAGAAAAGAAAGAGAAAAAAAAACGGAAUGAAAAGAAAAAUGAGAAAUAAAAGAAAAAAAAAUAGAACGAUAGUAGUAAAUUGAAGAGAAGGGUUGAUUAAUUUACUAGUUUGUUUUUGAUAUUUGAAGAAAAAGAAAGUGGAAGAAAAAUGGGUGAAAAUUCAUAAUGGGAAGGAAAGGUGAUAUUUUUAAUAGAGGAAAUUAAUAUAAUAAUAAAAAAAAACUUUGAGAAAUACGAUGGAAUGAAAGAAAUAAGAUAUAGAUAGUGAGUAAAAAGAAAAUAGAAGUAAUGGUGGAAAGGAGAGUGUGAGAAAAAUAAAGAAUGAAUAAUAAAACAGUAAAUAAAGAAACAAAUAAGAGUCAAAACAGAAACGAUAGAGUGAAAUUAAAAAAAGGAACAAGAAAAGAAAAAAACAAACAAUGAAAAAGUACACAAAACAAUUAAAAGAAAAAUAUAACAGAAUGAAAGAAACGAAACAUACUGAAAUAUAUAUA